AUGGAUAUCUCUGGUGGUGGUCCCGACGCGCAGGAUGGCAAUCCUGAGUAUCCAGUUCCCACAUUUGAAAGCCUGCAGCGAGCGUACCAAGAGACUGUCACUGUAGCGAAUGUCGCUGCAGAGCUGGCGACCGAGAACGUAGAAAAGGUCAAAUCCAUUGCGAACCUCGUUGAUGAGAGGAGACUUCUUCAAGAGAGGGUAGAGAGUCUGGAAGAGGAGCUGGUACGAGUCAGGUCCGAGAGGAAUCACCUCAGGUCUGUACUCAGAGAUACAGAAUCCAACGGGUCAUUUGGCCCAAUGAUCAGCUUCGGCCAUCGACCAAAACCUGGCAUUCCUCGAACGGUCGCUUGGAAAGACAAGGAAGAUGGUGAUGGGAAACGUGAGGCGCAAGAUCCGUUACAACAGUUUGAAAAGGGCCACAAUUUACAUGAAAGAGCCAAUCCAUACGAGAGGAUUCGGGUGCCGCCUUUCGAGACUCCGAGAGCCCGGCCUGAUUUGAAGGCCCGCCAUACGACAGCUGAGCUACUGGGCGAGCGGCAGGGCGACUAA